AUGGAGGAGGAAACGGGGUCGCUCCCGACCCCGCAUUCGCCGCCGGCGGAUGGUCGUGAUGUCAUUGAGGUAUCGCAGGAAGAGUUCGAAGAUUCCCAGCGCUUCCUGCAGAGCCAGGACGCGAUAAUGGACGACUCGGUGUUCAUGCACAUCCGCAAGGUGAUCGCGUACCUCUAUCGCAAGGAGGCGGAUACUGCCCCCGUGCAGGGCUCCGGGAGUGUCGGCUCCAGUGCGCAGGAGCGGCAGUCCGAGUACCUGGCUGAGCUGAACACCAACGUGUUGAACACGCUGGUGGAGGGUUACGUUGGGUACGCGUGGCUCUGCGAAGUUUGCGCCCGUUGGAUCGAGGAGCUGAACGUGCAGAACAGCCAGUACCUCAGUAUGCGCGGUUUAGGCGAGCGGCGCGAGGGCAACAGCGGCGUGAGCGGCACUGUCAACAUCAUUCGGGAGGCCCUGAUGAGUUUCCUGAAGCAGAACUACGACUCGGAGAAGAUGCGCAUUUACAUGGAGGACAAGGCCGACCACGACAAGUGGAACCCCCCUGAGCUUUACUGGAACCUGAUGAAAUCGCCGCUGGUGGUCUCCCACAUGAUCAACAUAUACCGCGAGCGACCCAAGGACGAGUUUUUGAGCUCGUGGUACCAGGACUACAUGAACACGGCCAGCGCGCACAUGAAGCUCGAGCAGGCCGACAUCGACCGGGAGGGUUUGUCGAGGAUCACCAGCAACUUCAGCGUCUUCACGCUGCGCAUCUCCGAGGAGAUACGGAAAUUCCUGAUGAAAGACGACGUUUUGGACGCCAUCGAGCUCGAUGGCAUAAGCCCGCUGAGCCCUCUGUUCUGGCAUGCCGAGAACGCGUACAUAUACUCCCAGGCUCUGCUCCACUUCAUAUACCAGUGGCGCAACGAUUUGAAGGGCUGCCGCCGCCUGUCCCAGCUAAUAGCCCGCACCACCAUGCGUUCAGCGGAGGGGCUGUUUCCCGACGAGGCCAACGUCGACGGGAAGAUGUACGAGUGGAGCGCAUCGCAAAUACACCUGCUUAUGACAAACUUCUCCCGUUUCCCCAACUUACACAGCUCCUUCAAGCGGCUCUGUGCCAACCCGCAUCUGUCCUCGUUCAGGUUGAACGAGAUGGACGUAUGCGACUUUUACGACGAGCUGAACAAGACGCUGAAUGCCUUCGACAACUACGGCAUCCUGCUCUUCGACCAGUCUCGAGAUCGCAGCAUCGGCGGUAGACCGCAACCGUUGGAUUGCACCGAUGACGUGGGCGACUCGGUAUCGCAGUACGGUGACCCCCAACGCUCCGACGAGUACACGCGUCUUCGAAAUGCGCCUGAGAUGCCGCCACUGGAGGCAAUCCGGGAGAGCAACAUCUUAAACCAGCUGAUUGAUGACUUCUCCAACGCGGACGUGCACCUACCCGACUCCAAUACGUGGAUCCGUUACGCCAACCUGCUGGUGUUGCUGUCGGUGCCGUCCCCGUACGAGCUCCUGUACUUCCACUACGAUGAGCUGGUGUGCAACCACCUGAAGCGCCUGCCUCAGCGCGAGGUGUGGAAGCAGUUUUAUCUGCCGGUGGGUUCCUGUCUCGGCGUGCCUGACCUACCCCAGGAGUAUGACGACGAGAGCAGCUUGGACGAGAUGGAGCAUUUGCGCGAUUUCGGUACAAGCUCGCCGGACGAAGAUGCGUGCUCGAGCGACCUGUACUCCCUGCAUCUGCAUUCGCCCUCGCAUGACAUGGAGAGCGAUUUUUCGUUCCCGGCGGGCGCUGACAAGCAUAUGAACGACGCGUUCAAGCCACAUAAGGCUUGGAACAACCAGAGCAUGGCACCCGCGUCGAGAACGCUGCGCGAUGCGGACGCUUCCUCGUUCGUGUCCGGCAGCGCGUUCGAGAGCGAGCUGUGCCACAACAUGGAAGUGGAGCCCAUCAUGGGCAAAUAUGGCGGGAAGGUACAGGUGUCUACGCCGUCAAGCUGUAGCGACAGCUCGACCGGCCUUGGCAAGCGUGGCUUUGGCGGCAUCGCCGGGGGUGUAUGGCUCCCGGUGGCCAAACGCACCGUGCAUCGGGACGGCACCCACUCGGCUGAUCGCGACGACGAGUACCUGGAGAUAAAAAGCACGCUGGCAAGCGCCAUCUACAAGAACACCAACGAGGGCACCAAGCUGGGGGCGCCUAAGAACAUCUCCGCGGAGCGUCUGAAUGAGAUGAGGGACAUGUACGCCUCCUUCAAGAUACAGAGCGACCGCGUGAAGGCCAUCGCGCGCAAGGAGCUGUACCACCUGCACAAGAUAAUCCAUAAUGCGUCGAUGGACCCCGUUGAGCGCGACUUCGAGAUGCGCGAUGUGAUUUCCACCGUCAUCGCAUCGUCGGUGGUGAUGGCGUACAUCCGGCACGACGUUAUGCGCCAGCGCAGCAUACGUGCCGUGUCCGACUCGAAGCUACUUUUGCUGAUGGACAUCGCCAACAAGCACCCCGUGAAGCGCACCCCUAUCGCCGUGUUCCUGCGUGACGUCUGCGUCGCGUGCGCAGAAGGCAAGAUAGUGGCGAACAGCAGCUCAGCGAAGCUGGAGCGCCUGCAAUGCAUAAUGGACCUGUUGCUGUACGUUGCAAGAUUCGAGCGGCAGUGCGUGCCGGUGGUGUCGAUUUUCACCUCCAUCAUGCACCGCUUGGACCGCAGCAUCAGCCGCCACUUCGUCACGACGCUGUUCACCUACUGCGGCGCCCCCUACGGCGAGGAAUUCAUGCGGCAGCUCCUCACGAUGGUUGAGAAGUAUCUGCGUUUGGGGGUCGCCGGCACCGCCAGUGUACCGAACGUGAACGACGCAACUGUGGUCAACGGCUUCUUGCGCCCGUUCCUGGACGAGUGUGCGCAGACCUGGGCACGCAACAACGCCUUGGCCGAUGUAGUCCGCCGCUGCAAGAGGAUAUUGCAGAACGAUUUUGUACUAUAG